AACAAUAUGGCUGACUUUAAUUUCUAAAUGGCUGUAACAGUAGCCAUGAAAGGCUCUUCGGGGCAUUUUGAGUAAUUUUACUCAUUUUCACCGACUUACCAUACUAACAGUUUGUUGAUAAAUCUAGAUUUGGUCCAUAAAAUUAGAGCGGAAGGUCUUCGGAUUUUAUUUAACUCGCGGUAAGGGUAAAUAAUAUCCCGUUUGCUCCGGGACUCGAGUGCCGAGGAUGGACGGUGGGGAGUACUUAUCUACUAUGGACAACAUGGACCCGACAUUGUCAGAACUGGGAGAUGAGUUCACCCUGGGUGACAUCGAUGAGAUGCUGCAGUUUGUCAGCAACCAAGUGGGCGACUUCCCUGAUCUUUUUGAAGAACAGAUGUCUUCAGCUUCGCUCCCAAACGCCGCAGGCUGUCAUCCAUCCUCCGAAAGCUCCCCGACGUCCCUGGCCGCCCUCGCUCCUGCAGCCCCUCCCCUGACACCACCUCAAACGCCCGUGCAGGCGUUGUCCCCCACCCAAGCCCAGACCCGGGUUCCGCCCCCUCUCCAGCCCCGACCCCAGCCCGUCCAGCAGGUGGCACCACCACCGCAGCCCCAAGCUCAGUCCGUCCAGGUGCAGAGCGCAGCGGUCCCCACGGUGCAGACCCUUGGUGUCCAGGCUCCGGGCUUCCCCAUGCAGGCCCAUGGACAGCCCCUGCCGGUGCAGACGCAGGCCCCCACCGUCAUGUUUGCCCCCACCCUCACGAGUGCCUCUCCGUCUCGAUUCAUCCAGAACUCAGUCAUCUGUCACCAGAGCCCAACUCCCAGCUUCCAAGUUCUCCAACCACAGAUGCAGAGUAUUGUGACAUCACCGCAGGUACAGCCAGUGGCCAUACAGCACCAACGUGUCCUGACACCGGCUGGCCAGACCAUACAGACUCUCUCCACAGCGCCCACAACGGUACACACUGUGUCACAGCAAGUGCAACAAGUCCCUGUUUUGGUGCACCAGCCCCAGAUCCUGAAGACUGAUUCCCUGGUGUUGACUACUUUGAAACCUGAUGGGACCCAGGUCCUGUCCACUGUGCAGAAUCCUGCCGGAAUCACGACUCUGACCACGCCCAUCCAGACAACAGCUCUACAAGUGCCGACUUUGAUGGGUGGUAACAUUCUUACCACUGUCCCAGUCAUGAUGGGGGGUGGAGACAAACUGCCGAUCAAGCAGCUGCCAUCUGGAGCCUCAGUCAGUGGAACCAGCGGCAGGACAAGUGUGGACCAAGGGCCUGGACUGGGUGUAGGACCCGCGCCAGGCAUGAAGGAGGGUGAAAGGAGGACCACUCACAAUAUCAUUGAGAAGAGAUAUCGAUCCUCCAUCAAUGACAAGAUCUUGGAACUGAGGGACCUGGUGAUGGGCAGUGAUGCCAAGAUGCACAAGUCGGGAGUGCUUCGUAAAGCUAUUGACUACAUCAAGUACCUGCAACAUGCCAACCACAAACUGCGACAGGAGAACCUGGCCCUCAAGAUGGCCAAUCAGAAGAACAAGUCAGUGUGCCUGUCUGAGGACAUGGAGAUAAAGUCAGAGGUGGUGAUUAUGUCACCACCAGCCUCGGACUCGGGCUCAGGAUCCCCUCACCAGUUCUCACCGUAUUGCAUCGACUCGGAGCCUGGGAGCCCCCUGCUGGAGCAUGAGCAGGUUAAAAGCGAACCAGACUCUCCUGCCUCUGUGGGAGUGAUGGACCGCUCCCGCAUCCUCCUCUGUGCCCUCACCUUCCUCUGCUUGUCCCUGAACCCCCUGCCCUCACUCCUUGGACCAGAAGCACAAGGUGGACCUGAGUGGACUGGGCCGGGGACCGGACAUGGGGCUUCCAGAACAGUGCUCGGCUUCUCUGGUCAGACACAAAGCUUUGUGGUGUGGCUUUGGUGGCUGCUGCCCUGGGUGAGCAUGUGGGUGCUGAGCGGUGUGGGGGCUGUGUGGGGCUGUGUGAGAGUCCUGUACCUGUGGGAACCCGUCACCCCCCUCCAUUCGCCCAAGUCUGUCUGCUUCUGGAGACACCGCAAACAGGCUGACCUUCAGCUGCUGCGGGGUGAUUAUGCUGCUGCAGCCACUAGCCUACAGACUUGCUUAUCUGUCUUGUCCAGGGCUAUCCCAGAAACUCGUUUUGACCUAGUUUGCUCCCUCUCCUGGAAUCUUAUUCGUUACUGCCUGCAUCGUCCUACCCCCCUGGGCUGGCUGGUGCGGCAGAUCGGUGGGCGUCACAAGGAAGAGGAGUCUCAGACGAGCUCCCGGGACGCAGCCCUGGUCUAUCAGAAGCUUAGCCAGCUACAGCUCACAGGAAAGCUACCCCAGCAUAGCAGCUUAUGGGGCUUGUCCCUGUCCCUCAGUGCAGUGAACCUGAGUGAAAGCGCCCAGGGGAAGGUGCCCCCAGCACAGCAAGCCGAGAUCUAUGUCACAGCGGCAAUUGCACUCCGAACCACACUGGGACACCACCUCUCCUACCUGCCGGGCUACCUGCUGAGUUGUGCUGAGAGCGUGGCCUGUCAGUCAGAUUCCAGACAGCCCCCCGAUUGGUUGCGUUGGCUUUUCAUGCCACUGGCCAGGCAGUUCUUCCUGAGCUGUGAUUGGUCAGUGAAAUCUGGGAUCCGAGACGGGGUCUACACUUCUCAGAGGGACCCAGCCGAGCCCAUUGCCCAGCUGCACCGCUGCUUCUGCGAGAAGCUGCUGGAAAGAGCAGUGCAUUCACUAAUCCAGCCACAUGCCAGCAUAGAGGCCAACAAGUGCAAGGACGAUGCCGGAGAGUUCUCCAGUGCCUUGGAGUUUAUCCAGUUGCUAAACAGCUGCACAGAGGAGUCUCCUACCCCUGCCCCUCCUUUCCCUCCUCCAGCCAAUCCCACCACAGCGUCAGUGGGAGACCCCGUGUGUCGCUGGUGGACCCUGGUCCUGAAGGCCGCGGUGCGCUGGUUGCAGGGUGAUGACGUGGCAGUCCGAUCAUUGCUGGCUGAGGCAGAGCGCAUGCCCCGGGCCCUGCACAUGUUAGACCACCCGCUGCCUAAGGCCGUGCUGCAGCUGUGCCGAGCCGUACAGGUCAGCCUGUCUUCCCAGAAGUCUGAGGCAACAACAGGCUCUUUGGCUCUUUGUGAGCGCUCCAGCAGCCACCUCCAUGCCAGUGUCUCAGUGCCCCCUGACCAGUCUGACAACUGGCUUGACAAGGGGGUGGAGCUUCUCGUGUGUGACCUCUUGCUGACCCUGAGGACCAACCUAUGGCAGCGAGGAGGGGGUGCUAAUGGAGAACCUGGUCCCGCCCCCAGCUCCCAAUUGGCUGGGUUCCAGAGGGACCUGAGUUCCUUGCGGAAGCUGGGCCAGUGCUAUAGACAGGCACAGUAUAAGGUGUUCUUGCAUGAGACAACGGUAAGGCUGAUGGCAGGGGCCAGCCCCACACGCACACACCAACUUCUGGAGCACACCUUGCGGAGGCGGAGUCACAAUCCUGGAAACACAAAGGAAGGUGACUGUGUGCUAGGAGAGCGGGAGAGGGCCCAUGCCAUUCUGCUAGCUUGCCGCCACUUGCCUCUACCACUUCUCACGCCUCCGGGACAACGUGCCCGUCUGUUGGCCGAAGCCAGACGCGCUCUGGAGCGCGUGGGUGACCGCCGUUCUGUGCAGGACUGCCAGCAGAUUCUGCUCCGGCUGGGGGGUGGCACCACCAUCGCUGCCUCCUGACGGGGUCCUGCAGCCCCCUUUCAAGCCACUGCCCCACAUACAUAUACACGCAGAAACACCUUUCCAUGUGUGCUCUCACAAAAUCGGUGGCAUCAUGCUGACACGGAAGAGGACAGGCAUAAAGUAGUUCUCACAAUGAAGGCUUUGCAUUCUCUCGUAUCCUUACUUCUGGAGAGUACAGUUAUUUUCAGUACACCACACCAUUUCCAUGUUUCCAUGUCACACUGACAUGUAUAUUUUUCACGCAUAUUUACAUAGCUCUGGGUGUAACCUGACAGUGGACAUUUUCAGUAGGGCCGCUGGUGGGACCACGGGUUAACGGGCACCUUUAGUUCUCUGGACAGCAUGUAGCAUUGCGCUGGGCAUUGGUGCAGGCCUGAAGAUGCUACAUGCUAACAGUAUUUAUUCUUUCGAUUCGCGCACUGAUGCUGCCUGCGAGGUCACGUGCAGCCUUCCCACGUCUGUCCUCAUGGCGCUGUGUAUGUGCGUCACUGUACAUAUGCUGAGAACGAUUAACAGAGGCUAGGGGACUACAGUGUGCCAGCUAUUGCCCUUUGUGUUUCAUGUCUGUCUGUUUUUCUAAUUGUUCUGCUAUCACACUGGAGUACGACUGGCAAAGGUCUCAGCAAGUGGAUGAUCCCAGGCCACGAGAUGGUAGCUUCAGUGCAGCAAAGCAGUUUAUCCUGCGGUGUACAAAGGACAAUGUGAUGCGAUAAUUAAAUAGUGCAGAACAGAACCUAUACUUAACAAUCCCGUACACAGUACAGUACCUGUAUAUACCUACCUCACUGAUGUGUAGUUUGUGUCCUGUACCGCAGUACAGUACUGUGCAAAUUUAAUACAGGAUCUACUGUAAAGAGUUGAAAUUGUGCUUUUGUGUACUGUACUUCAGCAGACCUCUGCAUAGACAAAUAGUAGAACUGUAGUAAUUGGCUAGCAAUGUGAAACGUCAGUUUUAUAUAGUGACUUCAGUCAAUGCCCAAGUAGCAGCUUUCAAUUUUCCAUAAUUCACACAGGCACAUCCACAGUAAUUCCACGUGUCUUUGUAUGUAUAUAUGUACAUAGCAAGGCAGACAAGUCUUUUCUUGGAGAAUUUCCAUGAGAUCUCUGGAGUCUGAGGGUGUGGAGCACUAGCAAAGUACUAUUUCAUGACAUUUUUAGCAACAAGAUGAAAUGCAGUUCCAUUUUGCAAGGAGUGGGGAAAAUGGCUGCUAACAGCAAAUAUACUCAUGGGGUUAGUGCUUGGUUUACCAUCAAGAAAGGGAACUAGUCAGCCAUAUUCACAACCACCUACACAUGAAUUUCACAUCCAUAUAAAAGGCUGGAGGGGAUGAGGAAUACUGAAGCUUUAAAGGCUGUAGGUUAGUUUUAUGUAUUUGCUUCCCCCAUAGCUUGUAUUUUGGGGGUUUCUUCUGGCUCACGGAGUGUUUUUAUUAUUACUUUAAUAUUUUAAUUGCUAUUGUACAAUAAUUUUAUUUCUGUCACCCAAAGUUGAAUUCCAAGAGAACAGUGCAAGAUGUUCAUUCUGGAGUUUUGUAGUUUAAAUGCAACCAAGUGAACACAAAAUAAAAUGAAUGUGGUCCAAUUACAUGCAUUUAAAUAGCCUUCUGCAGGAGAAAACAUUGGGAAAGAGAAAAAUUUACAGAUAUUUAAAAAAAAAAAAAAAAAAAAAAAAAAGGGGAGCAAAAUUGCAUUGCUGAUGGGUCUGGUGCUGCCACAUAUGGGCAUUUCUGGUAGCUGGAGAGCUCACAGGUGCUCCAAGUAGCAGCCUUGUAAGAUUUACAUCUUGAGCUUAAUCUGGUAAAUGUACUUUUUCUUGGGGUUUAGAAUGAGAGAGCAAUGUUAAGCAAACUUCAACCCCUCCUGCUUAAGCUAAAUUCUUUUUUUGGAAGCUACUAGCUACCCAAUGAUCAGUGUAUUAAAAUUAAAAUCUACAGUCACUUGAAUCCUUGGUUACAUCUAGUUUGCGUCAUGAUCUUAGUGUUGUGCUACAGUGAACUUUUUGAUUUUAGUGCAAUGUAUAAAUGUUUUAUUUUUUCAAUAUUUUAUUUCUG